AAAUCACACGUCGUGCGUCGAGAGUCGAAACCCGAAAGCAGCCUCGUUUUUUUAGUAUACCCUUACCGCAUUUUGAUUUCCCUAGCAAAUUUUCACAAUGAAGGUUAAAAUGCUUUCUCGUAACCCGGACCAGUACAUCCGAGAGACGAAAAACGAUCUGCAUAAAAUGCAAAGAAAUUAUGACCCUGAUUUGCAUCCGUUAGAAGCGCCUCGAGAAUACAAGCAGGCGUUAAAUGCCGUCAAAUUGGAGCGAGUUUUCGCUAAACCGUUCUUGUGCUGUCUGGAUGGCCAUCGAGACGGAGUCACUAGCGUGGCCAAACACCCUGAGCGCCUCUCCACCGUGGCCAGUGGCUCUUACAACGGCGAGGUCAUAAUUUGGAAUUUGGCUUCAAGGAAAGAACAGGCUCGUGUUAAAGCUCACGAGGGAUCUGUUAAAGGCAUGACUUUUGAUCCCACCGGCGAAAACCUGAUCACCUGUGGUGAUGAUAAGACAAUUAAAAUUUGGAAUACGGACAGUGAUGACUGUAAAGAACACAAGGCGAAAUCUAUAAUUGUCUGCACGAAUAGCAUAUUUUCCAUCUCGCACAGCCGGGACUCUAAAACCUUCGUGACUGGUGGAGAGGUUGUCCAGCUCUGGGACGGCGUAAAAGUUAUUCCAGACGUUACAACGCACUGGGGAGUCGACCCCAUUCACUGCGUUCAAUUUAACCCAGUAGAAACUAAUUUAAUUGGUGCUUGCAGUAGCGACCGGAGCAUCAUUAUUUAUGACAUUAGGCAGGCGACCGCAGUUCGGAAAUUGACCAUGAAGAUGAAGGUGAACAAACUUUGCUGGAAUCCGAUGGAAGCUUUCAACUUCACUGCAGCAUCGGAAGAUUACAAUUUGUACACAUUCGACUGCAGAAAUCUGUCUAAUCCACUUGUGAUGCACGUCGGCCACACAUCCGCGGUGAUCGACGUGGACUAUUGCCCGACGGGAAACGAGUUCGUCUCCGGCAGCUACGACAAAACAAUCAGGAUUUUCGAAUCUCACAAAACGACCUCUCGAGAGGUUUAUCACACAAAAAGGAUGCAGAGGCUGACGUGCGUCGCUUACACGCACGACAGCCGGUACAUCAUCUCCGGCUCGGAUGAGAUGAACUUGCGGCUGUGGAAGGCAAUUGCCUGGCAGAAACAGGGGGUGAUCAAGCCUCGAGAGAAAGCAGCGUUGGAGUACAACAACUCGCUGAAGGAGAAGUUCAUGACUCAUCCGCAAAUAAAACGCAUUGCCAACCAUAGACAAGUGCCAAGGCACAUCUUCAAUGCUGCGAAAGAACAUAAAAUCAUUUAUCAGAAGAUUAAGAGAAAGGAUUUCAACAGGAAGGCGCACUCAAAACCUGGAACUGUCCAUAUUAAGGCUUCAAAACUCAAAGCGAUUGUAAAGGAAGAUGAAUAAAUAUAGAAUUUUCUAUAUUAGAUUA